AUGCGUAAUGAUUCAAAUUUCUGCAUUUUGUGGUUUGAUAUCGAUUUGAUUGCAUGGAAAGUCGGUGGUUUUAGUAAGAACUUCACUAACACAACUUCAUAUCCAUAUCUUGAAGAUCAAGGUCGAAAUCAUGCCGAUAGGGUGCUUUUAGAGUUCAACAUUUCUAGGGUUUAUAACGAUUCCAUAUCUUACGAACAUAGCUUCGAUGAAACCGAAGGAAGCCCUCUUCAGGAAUCGAGUGAAGGUGACGAAUUAGUUUGGAAAGUUCUAGGUUAUUCCGCAUUCGUUUGCGAACGACAAAUUCAAGAUAUUUAUCUGGAAAAGAAGCAGGAAUUACAGAAUGGAAGAACCCAUUUUCAGUAUCUCGAUUUGGACGAGUUUAGGAACAUUACGAGGCAAGAUAACGGUUUGAACGGUUCACCGAGUGGGUUAGUCAACAUCACACAUAGGCUCGAGCCAGAUGGAACCGAGUACAACUAUGCGGCUGCAUCCAAAGGUGCGAAAGUGGUGGCUCAUGAUAAAGAAGCGAAAGGUGCAAGCAACAUUUUGGGUGAAGAUCACGAUAUGUAUUUAAGAAACCCGUGUUCGGUUCCGGAGAAAUUCGUGGUCAUCGAGCUCGCGGAAGAAACUCUAGUCGAUGCCAUCACGAUAGCCAAUUUCGAACACCAUUCUUCGAACUUCAAACAAUUCGAGUUGUUGGGAAGUUUGGUUUUUCCGACUGAAACAUGGUACGAUCUUGGAACGUUUGUGGCGGAAAACGUUAAACACAGCCAGUAUUUUAAGUUACCCGAGCCUAGAUGGGCUCGAUACGUAAUGUUAAGGUUGAUAUCUCAUUACGGGUCGGAAUUCUACUGCACGUUGAGUGUUUUUGAAGCAUAUGGGGUUGAUGCAAUUGAAAAGAUGCUUGAAGAUCUGUUCUUGGCUUCUGAAGAAUCUGCUAAUCGGAAAUCGCUAACUCCUAAUCCAACUUCAUUAUCAGAAACCACUUGUUUUCGAAGAACGGAUGAUGAAUUCAAGAAUGUGGUUAAAGAUGAAAAGAUUGAAGGGUUUGAUGAUGGAAAGAAGAUGAAAGAUGAUGCACAAAAGAAGCCAUUGAUGACCACCAAAGUUCCUGAAACUGUUGCAAAAGGAAAUGGAAGAAUUCACAGUGAUGCUGUCCUGAAGAUUCUGAUGCAAAAAGUUAGAUUUCUUGAAAAUAACUUGUCUUUAAUGGAGGAUUACAUUAAAGAAUUGAACACAAGACAAGAAGAGUUUCUUCCUCAUCUUGAUCAAGAAAUCUUGAAAUAUUCGGCGGUUGUGGAAGAAACCCGAUCGGAAAUCGACAAUCUUUUGCCGUGGAAAGAGACUAUGGAGAAAGAAAUUGCAGAGUUGGAGUCGUGGAAGGCUUCCGUGUCGUUCCUUCUGGAGUCGCUUGUCAAAGAAAACGUCAUGCUCAGGCAAGAUUUCGAGAAGAUUACAAGCGACGAAGAAAGUCUGGACAUGGCUGAUCAAGCUCUGCUGUCUGCAACCCUUGUUUUCACCAUUCUUGCCGCCCUUAAGAUUCUUUCCGAUCAGUUCUCAAACUUUUCCGGCGACUCGGGUUAUCGGAAAGUUCGCCGGAGAGGCGGAGGCUGGAAACUGCUUGUUUUUACCUGUGUUAUUACAGCAGUCAUUACUUUGACUUUUUGUUGA